AAACAGUACAGUUUGAAUCAGUUUGACACGGAUGAUCGGACACCUCGAAAACGAUCGAUUUCUCAGUCGCGUGAAAGUCAGCGCGGCGAGGAACAGUAUAAUCCGGAACAAGUUGGUGGAGAUGAUAUGGCGCCUCGUCGAUCGAUUUCUCGUUCACGAGGCAUUCUGCGCGAUGAGAACCAGUAUAGUUCGGAUCAGUUUGGCACGGACGAUCUGGCGUAUCGAAAGCGAUCGAUUUCCCAAUCGCGAGGAAACGAGGAACAAUACAAUCCAGAACAAGUUGGUGCAGAUGAUACGGCGCCUCGUCGAUCGGUUUCUCGUUCGCGAGGCAUUCUGUGCGACGAGGAACAAUACGGCAGGGAUCAGUUCGAUGCGGAUGAUACGGCGCCUCGUCGAUCGAUUUCUCAUUCGCGGAAUAGCCUGCGCGAAGAGGGACAGUACACGAUGAACCAGUUUGAUGCCGUUGAAUUGGCACAACGAAGACGAUCGGUUCCACAGUCGCUGGGCAGUCCGCGCAGCGGGGAUACAGCUGAAUGUCAGGAACAUUGCUUGAACACGGCUUUCCUCUGCGACCAGAAUCACAAUGAAAAUAAUCACAACGAGGACCUUGAACAGACUCGUCGCCGACGCCGCCUUUACUCCGAGACUAUGGACAAUGAGUAUCAGUUCCGGACAUCGGGCACCACUGAAGCGCGCCAUCACGUUAACAGUCACGAGGUAAAAUCAGAUUUUUUCUCAAGCCAGUGGAUGCCAAGUUCAAAUUUGUACGAGGAAGGUGGGGAUGAGGGAGAGAUGAAUGAGUGGAUGAUGCCUGGCAACCGGGGGAGUUUGCAUGGUUUGGUUGCGCUACUUCUGUAUCUUUUUGCGCUACUUCUCUAUCUGUGGUUUGUUUUUUCAUUGUUUUUUGAAGAAGUAGUCUUCUGA